AUGUCCCGCAGCUAUGAGGCUGCAAUUGCAGCAUUGAAUUCGCUGCAGACAAAUUUCGCAGUUGUCCAACAACUGAGGGAGUCAGGAGACCGGCGACAAAUGAACUUAAGGUCUCUUCCGGAAACUAUUGAGUGGCUCCGACGCAUUGGAUACCAGCCUUCCGAUCUGAACCGUCUUAAUCCUGUACACGUUGCUGGUACCAAGGGCAAGGGCUCGACUUCCGCUUUCAUCUCCUCUAUCCUAUCCCAAUACACUUCCCCGGUGUCCUCAGAAUCAAAAGAUUCUACGCCACGUCUCAAAAACAUUGGCCUCUAUACGUCUCCUCACUUACGAUUUGCCCGAGAGCGCAUUCAAAUUAAUGGUGCACCGCUCUCCGAAGAAAAGUUCGCCCGGUACUUCUUCGAAGUCUGGGACCGGCUUGAAGAGGCGGCUCGAGUGGCCGGUGAGAACCCGGAAGAACUACGAACGAAGCCGCAGUAUUUCCGAUACCUGACUCUUAUGGCAUUUCAUACUUAUCUAAGUGAAGGUGUAGAUGCUGCGGUGAUAGAAUGUGGCAUCGGUGGUGAGUACGACUGCACAAACAUACUCGAGCGGCCUGCCGCGACUGCGAUUACUAGCUUAGGCAUUGACCAUACCGCUAUGCUGGGAACAACGAUUGAAGAGAUUGCUUGGCAUAAGGGCGGUAUUAUAAAGCCUGGAGUCAAAGGCUUCAGUGCUCCCCAAGCUGCCAGUGCCGAAAAGAUUCUAUUCGACCGUGCAGCGGAUAAGGGAACUCAAUUGGAAAUCAUUGCAGCUCAUCCUGAGCUAACCAGUGGUAGCAAUGUCAAACUUGGGUUGGCCGGUGAUUUCCAACGCACAAACGCAGCUCUAGCGAUCGCAACGGCUGCAGAGUUUCUUAAGAAAACGGGGCUCGAAGACAUUCCAGAUGAUUUUAUGAAGAAGCCUCUGCCUGCUAAAUUCCGCAAGGGGUUGGAAUUGGCUCGGUUAGGUGGGCGCUGUGAAACCCGGCAUGAAAAGGAUGUCACCUGGUUCAUCGACGGUGGUCAUACUCUAGAGAGUAUCAAGCUGGCUGGUCAAUGGUUCACCUCCCAGAUACAUGCGAAUUCCUCCUCCGGUGCGGUGGCAAACAACAAGUUGCGUGUCCUGAUCUUCAAUCAGCAAACUCGUGAUAGUAAUGCCCUCGCCCAAGCCCUCUAUGACACCCUCGCUGCAGCUCUUGGGUCCGAACAGCCUUUUACUCACGCGAUUUUCUGUACCAACGUAACCUAUAAAGCGGCAGGUUAUCGACCCGACCUCGUAAGCAUGAACACGAGCGCAUCUGAGGUGGAAAAAUUACAGGUCCAGAACAGCCUUGCUGAGAAAUGGCGUUCGAUUGAUCCACGUGCCGAGGUCAAGGUGUAUAGCACCAUCGAAGAAGCUGUUGACUUCACCCGAGACUUGGCCGCGAAGGAAAGAGAACGUUCAGGUAAUGAUGAAACUCCCAUCAUGACCUUUGUCACGGGCAGCUUACAUCUUGUUGGCGGUUUCCUGGAUGUAAUCGAGACCAAGCCUGGUACACAAUGA